UUGCGGUCCUCCACAAAGUGGGAGAGGAAAGAGACGAAGAAGAGGAAAGAGACGAAGAAGAAUAAAACAUGGCUGCCAGGUUGUUGCUCCGCUCUUCUCUCCGGGCCGCCUCAGUCUGCAGGGCCGCCCGGGUCCCGGUCCAGGUCCAGGUCCCGGCUCUGACCCGCGGGAUGGCUGCUGGAGGGAUCCCCACGGACGAGGAGCAGGCCACAGGACUGGAGAAGGUCAUCAUGAAGGCCAUGAAGGAGGGAACGGACCCCUACAGCAUGAUGAGACCAAAGGAGUACGCCGGGUCCAAGGCCGACCCCCACCUCGUCCCCUCCAUCACAAACAAGAGGAUCGUGGGAUGUGUGUGCGAGGAGGACAACACGGCCGUGGUCUGGUUCUGGCUUCAUGACGGCGAGGCCCAGCGCUGCCCGUCCUGCGGCUCCCACUACAAGCUGGUCGCCCACGAGCUCCCACACUAACUCACACUCACCUGAUAUAACAGAGGACCCUGUGUGUGUAUGAGUGUGUGUGUGUGUGUGUACAGUGUUAGCUGAAAUCUUCCUCUCACCUUCAGACAGAGUCGUCUUCACUCUUCAUCUCCAGGAAGUUUAUUGACCUCCUUACCUUUUACUUCCUGGUCUUAGGUAGCGAGCUCUCGUCUGAUUGGUCUGUGACUUGAUCCACUUGCUUACCUCAUCAGUCUUUUCUUUCCAUGUUACCAUGAACACAGGGAUCACAUGUGGUUUGGGACACAACAGUUUCUCUGAGACAUUUCCACUCAGCUGCAGUUUACAUUGACUCGUGUACUGUACCAUGUUACACUCUGAACUCCUUUAUUCAACCAAUAAAGUCAGACUCAUAUUUA